UGUAUGUCGCAAGCAAAAUGAGUAGAGCAACACAAUACCCCGAAACUCCCCUUUCACUUUCUCUUUCUUUUUGCUGAUUCAUUAUUAGUAUUACCUGCUGCCUGCAACACUCUUCCCAUUAUUCAAAGUCCCCUCUUUCCUUCGCCUUCUUUAUUUUACCUGACAAAGACCAGCAUCUUUGCGCGUGUCCCAUCCUCUUCUCCAACCUUUCUGACAAAGGUCAGAAUAUUGUUGCCAACUCUCAUGGAGGUUAAGCUAUGGAAUGAUAAGCGGGAAAGAGAAAUGUAUGAAAACUUUGCGGAGCUCUUUGCUAUAAUAAAGGCAACCGAAAAGCUCGAGAAGGCUUAUGUUCGCGACAUCAUUUCACCUGCUGAAUAUGAAACUGAAUGCCAAAAGUUGAUUGCUCAUUUCAAGACCUUAUCUUCCACAUUAAAAGAUACCGUCCCUAGCAUUGAGAGAUUUCAUGACACCUACAAAAUGGAUUGCCCUGCUGCCUUAAACCGGCUUGUGACCUCUGGGGUGCCUGCCACUGUGGAGCACCGUGCCGCCGCUGCAACUUCAUCUGCAUCCUCAGCUUCUGUUGUGGCUGAGUGUGUGCAGAAUUUCAUCACUGCCAUGGAUUCUUUGAAGCUGAAUAUGGUUGCUGUUGACCAGGUCCAUCCCCUUUUGUCAGACCUAUCAUCUUCCCUUAAUAAACUUUUUAUUCUGCCAGCUGAUUUUGAGGGGAAGACAAAGAUGAGAGAGUGGCUCUCAAGGCUAUCAAAAAUGGGAGCUGCAGAUGAGUUGACAGAACAGCAGGCUCGUCAACUCCACUUCGAUCUUGAAUCGUCAUAUAAUUCUUUCAUGGCGGCACUGCCCUCUGCUGGAACUUAAUUGCUUAUUCAGGUACAAUGAAAAUUGGAUCAAGACUUACUUAUCAGUGCGUCAGAAUUUAAUGGAGACAAGUUUGCACACAAUUUAACUAUGAAGAUGGUACCAAGUCUUGUGAACGAUUGAAAACUAGUUUUUCUCGUUCAAUGUAACUUGUGAACAAGCUAUCAAAGUUGUCUUGUCCAGCAUAACUUGUGAACAAUGUGUCAUUCCAGCAAACUGAAUGAACAGUUUAAAAUGAUAAGAUAGAAUGAAAGCGUAAUUUUUCA